AGGAGGAGGAGGAGGAGACUGAGUUUGCGCGGCUGCUGCUGCUGCUGCUCCCUUUACGAACUUUCAGGAUUUUUGGACGCAAACGCUGUCGAAUACGACAGAUCGAGGAAGCUAACCAGGAGGAGAGGGACACACUGAGCGUGAGAUCAGAAUGUCAUCGUCGUCUUCGCUGCCCCUCGGCCAGGACGGCGCGGUGCGCUACAAGAAGCGCAAGGCCAACUUCUCGUUCAGUGAAGUUCACAUCCUGCUGGAUGAAGUGCGCAAAAACCGACACAUCGUCGUGGGUAAAUUCAAUUCAGGAAUUCCCAGUGAUGUGAAGAGGAGGAAGUGGACAGAGAUCACGCAGCGCAUUAACGAGAUCGGCGAGUGUGACCGCGAGGUCAGUGAGGUCAUUAAGAAGUGGUCCGACCUCAAAUGCGACACCAAGCGGAAAAUUGCAGCACUGCACACGGGCGUGGCUCUGCCUCAUUCGUCAGACCUCACGCAGACUGAAAACAUCGUGAGCUCCAUUCUGGAGCUGGACAAGAAACCGUGGGAGGCGACGCGCUCGCCACGGGGACGAAGCAGGAGCGAGGAACAGGACAUGGCCGUAGGAGACGAUGACGACGACAUUGCGUUCCUGGGUCCGGGAUCGGUUCAGGAUUCUCCCAGGUCAGGAAUCGAGACCAGGCCGAUGCCGCCGCCUCUUCCGGGAGCCGCUGUCGGGGGGUUCGAGAUGAAAUUAGACCCCUUGAAUAACACGGACGCAGACUCUCACGCGAUGGACUCGGAUGACGACCACCACGACGUUAUCCCCUCAUCCGUGAAUAACUCGUACGCAGAGGACGAGGGAAAUGUCAGCAGCGUCCCACACGUCUCCUCGUCCUCCACCGGUCACGCGAAGGCGAAGGCGGAGCCAGAGAGCGCACGUGAGCAGUUAGCACAAAGCGCUAGCCUGAGUGUGCAGGAGCAGCACGUGACGAACGCGUUGCUGUGCACGGUGUCGCGCUCGCUCGAGCUCCUGGCCGAGUCGGUGCAGCAGCUGGCGGAGACGCAGCAGGAGUUUGCGCGCGAGUCGCUCAGGCUGCAGAGAGAGACGGUGCAGGUGCUGCGAGAGUUCGCCUCUGGGGCACUAACACUUCUGCACGAGAGGGUGAACGGCAAACCGCCGCUUAUUUAGACGAGAAAACUUGCACAUUUUGAAUCACUGCCAAAAACAUGAAGCUCAUGCAAAUCACACUAAAUCUUUUAGCAUUAAAUUACACAUCCAUGAAGACGUUUAUCUUCGGUCCCCAGCAGAACGACGGGGUCGGCCUUCAAAACACAGCACAGCGUCCUUCCGUACGAGACCGAUGUUAUUCUCAGGAGCACGAGCACUACUCGGACAAGUCGCUUUCUGAAACGGAGAGUUAAAUAUCAUGACGUCAUCACUUAUCAGCAGGGAAGAAACACUGCAGUGUCUGUAGUUAUUGUUACACACAAACUGCUCCCACAUCACUUAUUAAUGUAAAGCUGCGUUAUUCUCCUGACUGAUCCCCAUCACAAUAUUCCACAUGCUGUUGCCUGAAACUUUCAUGAGUCCAGGUUUGUGUAUGACAGUGUUUGAACAUUCAGAACCAGAGUGCUGUAAAAAAACAUUUUGUAUGCUUGGUUUUUGUUUUUUUUGUUUUUUUUUUUAUGUCUGUGGAUAAAAACCGAUACCUGCUGUCAGGUGUCACUUUUACGACGUCGCUCCUAUUCAAAGUAAUGGCUGGAAGCUCGACUGAGGUAACUUUCAAUUCAUGACAAAUUCAUUUGUAUGGCGCUUUUAACAUUUUCUCAAAGCAGCUUCACAGAAACAUAAUACAAAAAAAAUUUGAUCGUAUUAAACAAAAAUCCAAGAUUAAUAUUAGAUAUAUUUUAGUGUGUUUGUAUUUAACCCUAAUGAACAAGUCUGAAGUGAGGCACGGUGACUUAGUGGUUAGCACGUUCGCCUCACACUUCCAGGGUUGGGGGUUCGAUUCCCGCCUCGGCCUUGUGUGUGUGGAGUUUGCAUGUUCUCCCCGUGCCUCGGGGGUUUCCUCCGGGUACUCCGGUUUCCUCCCCCGGUCCAAAGACAUGCAUGGUAGGUUGAUUGGCAUCUCUGGAAAAUUGUCCGUAGUGUGUGAGUGUGUGAGUGAAUGAGAGUGUGUGUGUGCCCUGUGAUGGGUUGGUACUCCGUCCAGGGUGUAUCCUGCCUUGAUGCCCGAUAACGCCUGAGAUAGGCACAGGCUCCCCGUGACCCGAGGUAGUUCGGAUAAGCGGUAGAAGAUGAAUGAGCGAAUGAAUGAAUGAACAAGUCUGAGGCGACUCAGGUGAAGAAAAACUCGAUGGUAAAGGAAGAAACCUUGAGAGGAACCAAGAGUCAAAAGUGAACCUCAUCCUCAUAUGGGUGACACUGGAGGGUGUGAUUAUAAAUAUACAGUCUGAUCAUUGUGUAUCGAUGAGGAGGUUGUCAUCCAGAAAGACCACACGGAGUCGGAAUCGGCUCUUAGAAUGUCUGAAUACUUCAUGAAGCAGAAUCCAACUGGAGCUGGAACAUCUCUGUAGAUACCUCAGGAUCCUCACUCGGUUGUCCUUAUCUCAUCUCAGUGAAGGUCUAAAAUCUCUCCUAAAAUGCCUCGUGAUGGGUAGAAAAAGAGAAGCAAUGCAACAGAUGAUGAAGUGAUCAGGCUUAGAUUUCACACCGAAGAAAAACAGAUUAAAAUGAUUCGAAUCUCACGUCGUUAUUUCACCACAUAAUCCCCACACAUUACUCCUCAGUCUGAGCUGCCAUGUUUUUUUUUAUUCUGUCUCUCACCUGGUGAAACGUCCACCAUGAAAAUACGAUGUUUCGCAGGAUUUAUUGCCUCCUAUCUUCUACCUGAAGAGAUGUUUAUAUCAUGGGAAUUUUUUUGGUGUUUUUUUUUUUUAAUUAUUAUUUUUUUCUGUAAAAAUGCCUCCAAUGAAAAGGUGUUUAAAAGGUUUGAGGUUCUUGUCAGAAAAAAAAGAAAAGAAACGGUAUUAUUCUUCUGGAUGCCAUGAAUCAUGUAAAUGUGUCUAAAGGAAGUGAAAUAAAGUCUCUGCUGCUCUUUUUUUUUUGAACAACAA